AUGGCUUGGCUAAUUAUGGAAGAGGAGGAGGUUGACGGCAUACCGGUAAAUGAAUUCGGGAGGCUUGAAAUUGGUUUUGAUUAUGGAUUUGACUUUACUGGCAUAGUUACGCCUCCUGUGAGCACUGAUUAUGAUGUCACCCUUUAUGCUAAGCUUGGACUUUACUGCUACAAUUUUCAAAAGGGGACAAACUUAAAGUUUGUGCGCUGGGAAAAGUAUAAUACGUCUACGGGCACUGCUUACAUUGAUAACUACAUCACUUUGGAGGCAAUGGAUCCGUCCUGCAACUCUGUCUUCUCUUUUCAGACUGUGUUCAGUGCUGCUGGAUGUUAUAACCAAGAUACUUAUCAUGUACAAGACUGGAGGGUCUUGGCCUGCAGACCAACAUGUGGCAAGUCUGUGAAUGAAUAUUUUGACCGGCAUGAGGCAAUGGAUCCCUUCUACACAGGUAAAAUGCCCAAAUGGUUGUCUGAUGACGCCUUGGCCUUUGACAACAAAAAGUAUUACGUGGUGCAAGAAUCAGACUUGCAUGAGAAUGACUGGCUGCUUGUAUUCAUGGAAAUGGUAUUCUUACAAGAAAAAUCCUGUGUUUCUUCAAGUGAUCACAAAGCUAUCAUAAGGAAAACCAUGGAUGGGGUACCAGAACACAUGAGUCUUGAAAUUGCUUUGGUAAAGUAA